AGUAGACAUGAAAGUCAUGAGAGUUCUUUCAAUGAUCAUCCUGGUGAUUUGGAUCAAGGUUAUGAUGUUGAAUGCGAGUCUAGUGUGAAUGAGGAGAUCAACCACCAUGUUUCUGAUGUUGAAAAUAGUCUGGCUCAUGUUAGUCUUCAUAUAGGCAAUGACUUUAUAGAAGGGGUCGCUCUUGAAACUACGAGGUGUGUGUUAGUUGUGGUUGCCACUUUCAUUGCAGGGAGGAACACAAUUUCGUGGAAACAGAUUUUCUUGGAAUACCAAAAGCUUAAAUAUGGCGGCAAGAUCACUGUGAAAAGAACAUGGGCGAAGUUGCCUCUACGGCAAAAAAUAAAGUUGGUAUACUCCUUGUUUCAAGCUGUCUUUCUGCCGAGCCCUGAAGAACUCAACAAAAUGUUGAAAGAACUGGACAAUGUGGAUAUGGUGACUUUGGUGAUUCAAGAAAUGAGCAAGGAGUUUCCAUCUCUCAUGGAUACACUUGUGCAUGAGUGAGACCAAUUCAAUUAGCUUUUCACUAGUUGCAAUGGAUAAGAGCAACUUACCAAGACCUAUGCAGGAAGGCAAAUCUUCAAACACAUCGGAGCUAAUAAUGAGGUUGACGUGCCGCCGGUUUGAGCCGCCACAAACUUGGCGAAAGAAUUAAAUAGUUCAAAAUAUAGAUUUUCUAUUUUUAAGAGACCCAUUAAAGAUUCUACCAAUGGAA